AUGCAUUGUUUAGCCAAAUUUUAUCACAAUAAGUAUAUAUUAAUUCCUUCAUUCAAAAUCAUAGGAAGAAUUGAAAGUUUAUUUAUAUUCAGCUCGAAUACAAAGUUGAAAAGAAGAUUUUUACCUAAAAAUUUCUUCCAUGGUAUUGAUAUAGUUGAAGGAGCUUUUUCUUGGUACGAUGCCGAUUUCUUUAGUAGCUCUCAACGCCUUGCUAUAAAAGUUAAUUGGGUGACAUUAAAAGAAGCACCACCAGAUUAA